AUGGCUCGCAAGCAAGUCCGUUUGGUUCGUGGUAAUCUCGUGCUUGACUGUCCUGUACCUACCAAGCUGUACAGCUUCUUGCCUCGCCGUGACAAUGAUGAGUUCACAUAUAUGCGAUACACCGCCGCGACCUGCGAACCUGACGAUUUCAUGAAGUGCGGCUUCACUUUACGUCCUGCUAACAAUGAUCGUGAAACUGAGCUUGUUAUUUGUAUCACCAUGUACAAUGAGGACGAAGUAAGUUUCACUCGCACGAUGCACGCGGUCAUGAAGAACAUUGCACACCUUUGCUCGCGCUCGAAGAGUCGCAUGUGGGGUAAAGAAGGAUGGAAGAAGGUGGUAGUCAUCAUUGUCGCUGAUGGCCGAAAAAAGAUAAACCCUCGAGUGCUUGAUUGUUUGGCUUCAAUGGGAAUCUUCCAGGAUGGAAUUGCCAAGAACUCAGUCAAUGGCCAGGAGGUCAAGGCUCAUAUCUACGAGUAUACCACUCAGAUUUCUUUGGACUCAGAUCUCAAGUUCAAAGGUGCUGAGAAGGGCGUCGUGCCAGUUCAGGUUCUGUUUUGCUUGAAGGAAAAUCAGGCAAAGAAGCUCAACUCUCAUAGAUGGCUUUUCAAUGCGUUUUGUCCUAUUUUGCAGCCCAAUGUGUGCGUGUUGCUCGAUGUUGGUACGCGUCCUGGAAAUACUUCUCUUUACCAUCUUUGGAAGGCGUUUGACCAAGACUCCAAUGUCGCCGGUGCGUCUGGCGAAAUUCGGGCUAUGCUUGGCAAGGGUUGGAGAAAUUUGCUGAAUCCCAUUGUGGCGGCCCAAAAUUUUGAGUACAAGAUGUCGAACAUUUUGGAUAAACCGAUGGAGAGUGUGUUUGGUUACAUUACUGUCUUGCCAGGUGCCCUUUCAGCCUAUCGUUAUAUUGCUCUUCAGAACGAUAGCGACGGCAAUGGUCCACUCGCGCAGUACUUCAAGGGUGAGAAGCUUGAAGGCAAGGACGCUGAUGUUUUCACCGCAAAUAUGUACCUCGCUGAGGACAGAAUUCUGUGUUGGGAGCUGGUCGCUAAAAAGGGAGAGAAGUGGUUGCUGAAGUAUGUCAGUAACUGUACCGGUGAUACCGAUGUUCCAGAUGCGGUUGCUGAGUUUGUUAGUCAACGUCGAAGAUGGCUGAACGGUGCCCUAUUCGCGGCGCUUUAUGCCCAGCUUCACUUCAAGCAAAUCUGGAAGACUGAGCACUCAAUCGUCAGAAAGAUCAGUCUGCAUAUUGAGUUCAUCUACCAAUUUGUCAGCCUGCUGUUCACCUUCUUUUCUAUGGCAAACUAUUUUCUCACGGUCUAUUUCAUCACGGGUAGUUUGAGUGACGAUUCGGUAGAUCCGUUUGGCACCAGCGGAGGAUUCUAUAUCUUUGUCAUCUUGAAGAUCUUGAUGACAAUUUUGAUUGCAUCUCAGUUUAUCAUCAGCUUGGGUAAUCGGCCUCAGGGAGCCAGAGCAAUGAUAGUAACUAGUAUGGCACUGUUUGCGCUUAUCACUGCGUACGCUACUGGAUGCGGAAUCUACUACAUUGCUCGCGAAUUGACCAAUACUGAUGAUAACAGUAGCGACACCAUGCUGGAUAUGGUUGUUUCUAUAGCCUCGACGUUUGGAUUGUACAUUGUCAUGUCGAUUUUGUACCUCGAUCCGUGGCACAUGGUUACAAGUUUGCCACAGUAUUUCUUGCUCACACCUUCGUAUAUCUGCAUUCUCCAGGUCUAUGCUUUCUGUAACACUCACGAUGUUACUUGGGGUACCAAAGGAGAAGACAAGAGCAGCAACGAUCUCGGAGCGGCGGUCGGUGGAGCGGGCAAGGAUAUCGUCGAGGUUGAGAUGCCCUCUGAACAGCUUGAUAUUGACGCCGGAUACGAAGAUGCGCUUGCAAACUUGAGAGAGCGCAAGCAGGUUGAAGGAAAUACCGGACCGAGCGCGUACACAAUCAAGGAGGACUAUUAUCGAGGAAUCCGAACCCGUGUUGUCUUGUUGUGGAUGAUUGCGAACAUGAUUCUGGUUUUGGUCGUAACUCAAGCGUACGACGUCACUAACACGGGAUCAAACAAAUAUUUGGCUUUCAUUCUUUGGUCCGUUGCUAUCCUAGCCGUGUUCCGUGGAUUGGGUUCAUUUAUCUACCUGUGCAUCAGAGUCGUCACCUACCUUGCCGAGACCAAAGUACGUACGAAGGACCAUACGCGUGCCUUGACCGAAAAAUUUCAUCGUUAG